CUUGACCGUGCUCGGUGAUCUGCUAGUAAUGUCUGGUUCGAUAUCCCAUCUUCCGGGGUUCGGCUGCAGACCGCUGACUGAUUGAACACAGAGCUCUGCUUUGGGAACACUUUUUGGAAGUGAUGAGUGCAGACUCUAACCCUGCAGCUUCACCCAGCCCCUGUCAGGACAUCCAGGGAGAUGGUCGAUGGAUGACUUUGCACAAUCGAUUUGUGUCAGACAGUAAAGGAAAAGAGCCUGAUGUUCUGUUUGUUGGAGAUUCACUUGUCCAGCUUCUGCAUGAGUUUGAGGUUUGGCGAAAACUGUUUUCUCCUCUCCAUGCUCUGAAUUUUGGGGUUAGUGGGGAUGCUACACAGCAUGUGUUGUGGAGACUCAUAAAUGGAGAACUGGACUACAUCAGCCCAAAGGUGGUGGUGGUGUGGGUAGGCACUAAUAAUCAUGGUAACACCCCAGAACAGAUCUGUGGAGGCAUCAUGGCCAUCGUCAGUGUGAUCCAUCAGAAACUGCCCCACGCUCACACUCUUGUAUUGGGGUUGCUGCCGAGGGGGAAAAGUCCAAACCCUCUUCGUGAGCGUAACGCGAGUGUGAAUGCUCUAGUUCAGGCUGAGGUAGCGUCUCUGUCUAAUGUUUCCUUUCUGGACGUGGACCCUGGGUUCAUUCACUCAGACGGUUCUAUCUUACAUCAGGACAUGUAUGAUUACCUGCACCUCACGCAGCAGGCAUACCAGAAGGUGUGCCAGCCCUUAUAUGAACGCAUCAAAUCCCUAUUAGAUAAACAGGCUCCCUGAACGCAAAACGAGAUAAACCAUAAACACCCUUUCCUGCAUAUGGAACGGAUGUUUCAUCCUUUAUGCUCCACAUUUAGAGCAUUAUUGAGAUAUAAACAUCCUCAGGAUAACUAAUGACUGUUUAAUAGACACAAACGCAUAUAUAUCACAUGCUUUCUGUCAAUAUGCAUUGCUGCUUCCUCGUUACUAUAAGAAGAGAACCAGCUUAAAGGCAUAGUUCAUCCAAAAAUAAUAAAUUGUGAUGCCAUUCUUUGUGUAUUUCUGAUCAUUGUGUGAUUCAACUCUUUUUGCCCCCCCCCAAAAUUUUUCUUCUCUGUUCCAUAGAAUAAAUAGUUAUUCAGGUUUAGAAUGACAUGAGGGCGAGUUAGCCAAAACAGAAUUUUAUUUUUGGGUGAACGAUCCCUUUAAAUUGUCAGAUUUAUUUUAUUUACAUAAAAUGGUUAGUACAUUCCAAAGUGUGUACAUGUAUUACAAGACGCAAUAACUGGUAUGAUGUUAUUUUCACGAUGACCUCUGAUGAGUGAUAGCUGUUGAAGUGUACAUAAGUGAUGUGUCCUGCUGUUGUGUUUUGAUUGCUGAAGAAUUUCUUGUAAACCUUGUGCAGGAAACAGCCGCUUUCCCAAAAGCAUGCAGUGUGGCCCUUCAUAUGUUAAUAACUGCAUGUUUAUUUAUUGAAAGGAACAAUAUGGGUUCAUUUGGUUUCUUAGGGCUGCACGUUUUCAAGUCUUUCAUUAACCGUUAACCGAGGCCCUUAGCGGUUAAUACUCGGUUAACCAUAGUGUGCGCCAGGGUUUCCGUUGUCCGGUAAUUUCCGGACAUUGGCCGAAAAAAAAAAAAGAAAUGUCCGACAAAAUUUAAUCUCUCUGGUCAAAUUGUCCUAUUAAAACUGCCUAAUAAUCUCGCCCACUAACACAAUCUGGUAUAAAGCAAAUAUACACCGACCUUUGGCUAUCUUAUAAAGGAACAGGCUCUAGUAAUAGUUAUGUAACUUUCCGUGUUUAGGCGAUGGUAACAAGCAGGCUCCGCGGCCGCCUCGCUAAGGCUAUAGCACUAUUCGGACGGGACUAGUUUUCUAAACUACGUUUGAGUUUCGAUUCUUACCACCUGACGUCUGUGAUUUUCAUGUACCAAUUCGGACGGGACUAGUAUCUCCGUGUUUAUUACAGAGGUGGGAGGGUCUGAUUUGUGCAUCUGGGCGUCACAGAGAUCACGCGCUGUGUAUGCGUGCAUUGCAUUCAUUCAAAAUGAUUGCCAUUAGUAUUAUUACACAAUAAAUACUAAAUGGCUAGUAUAGCAAACCUUGUUAAUGUGUGGUUCUUUUUAGUUUAACUUGUUUUCCUUUUUUUUUUUUUUUAAUGUAACUGAGUACAUAAAUGAACGUGAGUAAUCUUACCUGAUGCUGAUAUUACAAUAGCCGGUAUUAACUGUUUACGCGAUCUUGCUUUUGAUUUUAUUAUUUGUAUUUUUUAUUAUUAUUAUUUAUUUGCCGCUAAGCAAAUCUAUCAAACAUCCGCGCGGUAAGAGCAUCUACGGUUAUUCACGUUGGCCAAAACACACAAGGAAUAAAAUAUCACCGGCAAUCACAGACAUUCGCAUUCAGACGGGAUUAGCUUUCUCAGAGGAUCACUGAGUUUGCUGAAAAACGGUAGGUAAUUUGCUCUGGAAUUAUCACAGAGGUUGUGUGAGAAAAACACAGACGUGGCAGAUUCGGACGGGAUUAAAAUCACUAAGUACGUCUGUGAAACGCAGAUUUCUCUAACGACCCCCUGUAAAACUAGUCCCGUCCGAAUAGGGCUUAUGAUGUUUGACAGGUACAAUAUUUGAAAAUCGAUAAAAAAUUUUUUUUAAUUACAUUUAUAUCUGAAUUUAUGUCAACCUAUAGACUUUCAAAUAUUUAAAAUGUCAUGAAUUAAUAUGUAUUUCUGUACAAAAUGACAAACAUAUUUUCCUAUUAUAUUUUGCCUGGAAACGCUUCCAACAAGGCGUCGGUUCUAUUUCUAGCAUGCACGCGUCGAGCCGCGCCUGAGCCGCGCGUCUCACGCAGGCAGUCGGCAAGCUCUAACCUGUUAACAUAACAUGGGAGCCGAAUUAAAAACAGACACGCCACGCAGCUGAGAUGCUUUCGCCCAUCGCCACGCAUCCAGUGUGUCCUGACCGGCCUAAUGAUGCCCGGGUGUUGGCUGUUGAGAUUACAACAACGAGGUUGUACUUGAAGUAUAUCUAAGUAUAUCUAAUGCACUUGCAUUUUGCCCCGUCACUGUCAAUUUUAAAGUGCUCCAACGCUGUACUUUUUUUUGCCCGCUUCAUAUUAGAAAAAUGACUACUUCUUGUGGACAUUACAAAUGUCUGGGAGCGCUCUGGCGGUCUCUGGUGGUGCAAAAAUGUUUUACAACUAAAUUCAAUGCACGCCAUUGACGUCACUUAACCGAGCAAAAUGUUUCACUCGGUUACGCAAUUUUUAACGGUUAAUCGGUUAAUCGGUUAACCAUGGACACCCCUAUCCUUUACUGAAUCCACAGUACAUGCCCACAGGCUCUUUUCUGAGAAAAGGGAAGGUGCUUUACACAAAGUUACGUAUUUAAAAUGAUUCUGUCAGAUGUGACUUUUUAGAAAUUAGUGUUUCAGUUAUUUUGAACAGUGUUGUUAUUAUUUUGGAAAGUUUCUCCCACGUAUAUGUCUACUUUAUAUUUGUAUUGUUCAUUUUGUGUUAUGUUCCAGUGUACGAUAAGCUGUCAAAUUGCAAGACAGAUAGAUGAAUUAUAUGAACAAAUUUACACUGUGGAUGAAAUCCUAAAAUCUCAUAACAACACAUGGAAUAGGUUUGUUUGGUCUAUGUAUGGCUCGGUUUCUAAUAAGUAGAGAAUUUAAAUCACAAGGAGCCAAUCCAUUGUUUUAUUUUAAUUGCAUUACAGUUAAAUCACAUUGUUGUAUUACAACCAACAAACCAUCACUUUUAAAUGUUGAAGAAUAUGGUUAAAUGUUGCAGUCUAUGAUGGUUCUGCUGCUGCUUUGUCCUGUUUGUUUUGUGUUCGUGCUGGUUUGUCUGAGGGGUUUUUGUGAACAUUAUUAUCUUCUAGUAGCCUUGAUAUUCCAGGAGAUGUAUUUUCUUAUGACUUCAAGAUUCUAUUCUGAGGUUUAGAUGUUAUGCCUGGUGCUGCAAUAAACAAUUGUCAUGGAAAACUUGGUAAA